CACCCUACUUACAAAUAUGACAGCAUGAAACGCGCGAAAAUAAUCAAAAUUGUGAUCGCCAGUCGACCAAAGAACUUCGAAGUUUAAUCAAAAUUGUGUUUUUAAAAAUUUGAUCAGCUGGUUGAAAAUUAGGAUAUCAUUUUCGUAGAAUGGCUAUCGUGGAACCAAGGCUAUUGUCGCAAAUGAUCCAGAAACUAGGACUAAUGGAUCAUGAGCAACUGGUGCCAAAAUCAACUGAACUUCUACGGCUGCUGCAAAUCAAGUCCGUCGGCAGUUCAGCAAAUUUGGGGGAUUAUGCUAAAGCUAUCAUCUGCAUUGAUUUGGCCUGCAGUCUGUUGGGGCUGCCACCUUGCGACAGUGAAGCAUUGGUUAGGCUAUCUGGUUUGAAGAAAACUGCAUAUGCCAACAAUAGACGAACGUUGGAGAAACUUUUAGAUAUCAGUCAGGUUAUUGGCAUCAAUGAAAUUUGCAUCCAAUUAGGUUUGCAUCAGGCUCAGAAGGAAGCUACUGUUUUGUUAGAUAGCUAUAAGAAAUACAUCGGUGGUGCUGAUGGGGAAGUUGAUUUUACGCAUCCUCAGUAUGCAGCAAUGGCAUUAUACCAAGCAUGUAAACGUUUGAAGAUAAAACCGCCGAAAUCGAAAUUGGUUGCAUUUAGUCAUUUAAAGCCUACACUGUGGACUCUGUUAGAAAAAAAUUGGGAUAAAUUUCUCGCCAAUGCUUCCAAAACGCAUGUUCUAAAGUCAAAGCAAAGCCAGCCAGUUGAAAUGAUGGAACCUGCGAAAGAGACAACUCAAGUGCCCAUCAAUGGAUUGAAGCACAGCUCUCCCGAAAAGAUUGAACCGUACGGAAAUUGGAAAAAACGCAUGCUAGAGAAGGCUUAUCGAGAGCUUAAGUCGCUGCAGGAACGAUAGUCGCUGAAUUCCACCAUAUUGCCAUUUUACAUUUUAGAAUGUUUUGUAAUUAUACACUAGUAGUAAUAUAAUAUUAAUGUUUUAAA